ACUUUCAAAUAUUAAUCCACGUAGAAGUAGUAGUAGCAGUGAUAUAUUAAAAUUAGUCGAUUAAAAUUGAAAUUUCCACAAACGUAACACUCGAAGAACUAUCCUCCUUCUUCUUCGUUUCUAUGGUCACUACUUGUCGGCACUCAUGUCCAAACCAAAACACUUGUAAUCUAAAUCCAACGUUGCUCUCUGUUAACCUAUAAUUCCCCGAAGAAAUCUCCGCAAACAUGAAAACAGAGCAUCAUAGAAGACCUUCACCUUCGUUAACACCUAUACUCGUCAAAAGAGCAAAACCCGCCGCGUAUUUUAUUCUCCUUUUGCUAACGUACACCUUAGGUUACUUAUCCCACCACCCUUCUUCCACUUCAUUACCACUCUCACCAUCAUCGUCGCCAUCGCCAUCGUCGUUAGAACCUAUUAUUCGGUUCUCAAUUAACACCACCGAGGUGAACCCGUUCCGAGUCACAACUCGCUGCGCCGAUCCAAUUCCGCCGGAGUCCGUUCGCCGGACGCUCGUUGACCGCCUCUUCAACGGCACCUCGCCGUUUGAAAACUUCCCGCCGCCGCAUGCGGCGGCAAAGCUCCGGCGAACGACUAAAGUCAAGGGAUGGGGCUCCACCGGCAAGGUUUUCGAGAAUCUCAUCCGCCGGGUGCGGCCGCGAACCGUCGUGGAAGUUGGAACGUUCCUCGGCGCGUCGGCGAUACACAUGGCCGAGUUGACUCGGCGACUCGGCCUCGAAACUCAGAUCCUCUGCGUCGACGACUUUCGAGGCUGGGCCGGGUUCAGGGACCGGUUCAGUAAAAUACCGAUGCAAAACGGUGACGUUUGGCUCUUUUACCAGUUCCUUCAGAAUGUGGUUACUUUUAACCAGACCGGGUCGGUAAUGCCCGUUCCAUUUUCGAGCGGGUCGACCCUGAUGUUGUUUUGCGAGUGGGGGGUGUUUGCGGAUUUGAUUGAGAUCGAUGCUGGCCACGAUUUUUUAUCGGCAUGGGCCGAUAUUAAUCGUGGAUUUCGGAUCCUCCAACCCGGUGGGGUUAUUUUCGGGCACGAUUAUUUCACCGCAGCGGAUAAUAGAGGUGUUCGGAGAGCCGUUGAUUUGUUUGCCAAAGUCAACAAUCUUAAGGUAAAUGUUGAUGGUCAACAUUGGGUUAUUUAUUCUUCCUAAUGUUUAGAAUUUCAUGUAUCGUGUAUAGUGGAAAACAUCUGUUUAUUGAAUAAGUUGAUAGGAUUCUUUGGGUGUAUAAAUUAUACAAUUUGAAGGAAGGAAAGACUUGCGGACUUUUUGUUAUCCAUUGUCCUUUCAGUGGUCAAUAAUUCAAUUUGAAGCUUCCGUUUCAGUAUCUU